AUGGAGACCCUGACAGAUGCUCUUGCAAACACUCACUUGAGUGGGCGAUCUGAACAAUUGGAACAAUUACUUUUUAGACCCCAAGAAGGUAGUGGGUUGGUGCCGAAUGCUUUAGAUAAUGUUCCUCACUACUUGUUUCGGGUCGUCUCCCCAAAUUCCGUCGGAACAACAAAUGAAACGUGGGUGCAUUCAGAGUCGGCAUCUCAGAAUCAGGGCUCUUCUAUGGAAGACGUGUUUUUCAAUUUGAAUAGCGAGAAACGGAUCACCAUAGCCCGAACACUCAACUUGCAUCUCCAAUGGUGGCCAAAGGAUGGCACUUGGGACAAUUUCGUCUCAUGGACUAGCUCCUUGCUCUUCGCAAUUCAGUACAUCUACUACCGGCACUUGAGCCCCAGGGAUGGAUCAGAUUUACAGCAGAUCAAGUUGUAUGCGAUAGAUACGACACAGUUUCCUAAAGGCACAUUUCUUUGCGAUUUGGAUCUGAUUGAUACUUUUUGGGAAUCCGACGAUCACCCAUACAGAAAAAACCUAGAGAGCUUACGAUACCUUCGCAACGAAACUCAAAAUUACUUUGGUGAAUAUCUUUCUCAAGGAUCGCUGAAGAUUGAGGGCAAAUGCGAAGUAAUCUGCGCCCAGUCCCUCUUUGAACAUGAUCGAUUACGUCGCCUGCAACCUCAUUUUCGUGAAUUCCAGGAUCUUCCAUUUAAUAAAGGAAGACCGAUCUGGCCACAAGAGGUCCUCCGUCUUCGUGGGAGUAUCUGGCAACCAGCUGAUCUACAUACCCCAUCUUCAGCCGAUUUGGAGGACCGUUUAAAGGCCGUCAAAGAGAUUGUACAAAAUCUUGAACCACGCUGGAGAUUGCCUCUUGCUAUAUACUUCACAUCACUUAUUGGCCAAGUAUCCUUUAUCGAAAAAAGAGGUGCGGCAAUUCAUAACAUCUUCUUCGAGGUUUUGCAAUCUACCUUUCCUGACGAACAACGAGCGUUGCGUCCUUUCGACGUUAAAAUCAUCGCCCCAGAUACAAUGCCUGAAUUGAAGCAAGUGAUAAGACUUGUUCAUGAAAUGUACAAGUACCAUGCAUUGGGAAAUGCGCUAGAUCGAGUUGCAACAGCCGAAGCAAGUAUUCGUGGCAUACAUUUUGACAAUGUGUUCUCAGAGGAUGAGGAUGCCUUUGCUUUGGCCGAUCGAAAUGAGCUACUAGAUCGAACAGGCCAAAGUCUUUCAGCGAAGCUCCGCUCAGUACAGUACCUGUGUGAAAAAGUUAUCUCGGCUAUUUCAUGA